UGAGUGCUCGGCAUAAAACGGAAAAACUUGUUACGUGGCAGGGCAAUGGAUAAGCUGCGAGUCAACAAUGCGGCUGGCGAGAAUCCCUUCAAGCGGCCAAUGAAUGCCCUGCAGAAGCAGUGGUAUCGAGUGCUUCUGGCCAGACGCGUGGGAUUCGGGCAACGCCCUCCGCCGGACGAGAAGGAGAUAACAUACGCCGACAUUUGUCGUCAGCGCUAUACGGCCGCAUUCCGGAGAUACAACGAACGUUUCCGCCGGGAAAUGGCCCAGCACGAGGAGAUGCAGCGCUGCGCCAUCGAUGCCAUGCGUGUCCACAGAACCUUCGCCAUAACCACACUCUGGCUGCCGCUGCACUCGAAGCGGGAAAUCAACUCCACGCUGGAGACCCUCGAGCAGGUUCUCAGCGCCUCGGAAAGACGACGCCUUCAGGAGAUACUCAAGCAGGGCGAGUCCCGGCGCUGGCGUCGAUAGAACAGGACCUCCAUCGACGUCAUCAUCAUCUGCCAUGGCUAAGUGAA